UGUAUUAGUGUUGUGGAAACCGUAGUCCUUUAUUCUCUCGAAUCAGCUGGUCAUACAAAUGACAAGGCAAGAUUUGUGAUACUUUGAUCACUGUGUUUAUGUCCAACAUGAGUGAACUAACUCAAGAAGAGAUACGCCAGCGAAGGUUGGCCCGCCUUGCAGUGAUGUCCACUGGAGUUGCUCCAAUGAGCAACCCUAGUUUGUCUUCAGCCUCAACUUCAUCACAACCAAGCAAUGCUAUUUUCAUGGAAAAUGUGUCAAUGCUAUACACUCCCUCCACUCCUGUUAAAAAUUAUCCAAUGGAUAUUGAUGGUACAACUCCACGAAAAAUUGAAGCCAUGGACAUGGACGGUGCAACACCACGCAAGAUUGAAGCCAUGGACACUGAUGAACCAGCUACAGGAACUCCAUCUAAAGUCCAAUCCAAUGCUGAUACUUUGUGUACUGAGGACUUCCUUAACACAACUGUUACAAAAAUUCUUUGUGUGUCACGAAAACCAGAGAAGAGUUGUAUUGUUUUAUCUGCCAUCUGGCCAAACAAUCCUCUUGUGACGAGUGUAAGCUUUGUGAACAAUCACUAUAUUUUGGAGACAGUUGGCGACAUGAUAAUGGAAUCCUUAGAUAUCAUCAUGCAUUCUCUGGAUAAGCCAAACCAGUUAUUUCAAGAAGGCUCUGAAAUCAACUGUCUUCAGUAUUUGAUUGACUGUUAUACAAGGAUGGAAGAACAUAUGAAGAAAUAUUCCAAGAAGUGCAGUAUUUCAUCAGUAAAGGAGCUCCUGGUGAAAAUCAAGACUGAAUUGUGUGCUGCUCUUGCCCUAUUAUUGGAAGGUUUUUUAACAGAGCCAAUCAAGAAGGAUUAUUACAACACCCUGUAUGAACACCUGAAGAGACACAGUUUACCAUCCGAAUUUUUCUAUGAAUUGGUUCAUCAUCUUGAGUCAGAUUAUGUCCGGUUUACCAAAAUAUUCUCACCAUUACUUCUAGUUAUACGGAAGGAAUCUCAACAGAGCUCAGUCUCCGAUAGCUCGCAUACCGCAGCCCUACAAGUCCUCUCAGAUUUGUGCGAGUGUCGAACAGGCGUCAACUCCUCUACUCGUCCGUUUUGUAAUCUCAUGAUUAAGAUGGGGAAUUGGCUUGUAGAGCCACUUACAGAGGCAACGGGUCGUGAGUUUGCGAAGUUUACUUUCCUUGGGCCGUUCCUGUGUACAUCACUUUUCGCAGAAGAUGACGUACGAAUCGCCGAUAAACUGAAAACUACCGCGAAUGAAUCACGACCAAUCGUUUCUAGCCUUCAACAAGAGGUGGAAUUGACACGCAAUCUUCUUCACAAGGUGUUUUAUGCGCUUUUGGCAAACAGUGGAUCGCGUGAGGCCACAUUACAGUGGAUCGCAGUUGCACUCAAACGAAACGAAAAGCGUUCAAUGAUCAAUGUUGAAUCGCGACUUGUUGCUGGUGACGGAUUUUUUCUCAAUCUUGCUGCUGUUAUGCAUCAGCUCUCACUCAAAAUCAAGCUUGACAAAGUGGAUGUAUUUUAUCCGUUCCACCCACAGAGUCGUAUUAGCAAUAGUGUGGCCAAUGAAACCAAAAUUAGAGUGAAUUCACAAGAAAGCCAACAGUGGGUCGAGCAACUGAAUCAGCCAGAUUCUGGACACAUUUGGCAGGAGUGUAAAUUCCCUACUGAAUGUUGGUUUAUGACACUGCAUGCCCAGCAUUUAGCAUAUUUGCCGGCCGCAAGACGACAUCAGCGGAGGAUGCGUGCUCUUAAAGACUAUCAAAAACUCGUUGACGAAAUGCAAAAUUCGGAAGCAGAAUGGAGUCAAACUCCAGCAGCCCGCCGAAAUAGGGAGCUUAUUGCCAUGUGGCAAGAACAGGUGAAAAAGCUUUUAUUAAGCAAACCUUGCGCCGAAGCUGCGUUGAUGGACGAAAAACUCAUCAGCAAUUACAUGCAUUUUAACAGCAUGGCCGCAGAAUUGGAAAUGCAGACCCUCUGUCCAGAAAUUAUGUUUCCCACGAAUAACUUAACUCUUCCAUCUAAAGCCACACCUCUUUUUGCAAACUACCCAGAGUGGUACGUCGAAGAUAUAGCCGAAUUUCUUUUACUUGCCCUGCAGCACAUGCCUCAGAUUGUUGCUCGUACGGUGGAUCAGAUGGUGAUGACCUGGUUGCUCACGCUGGUCUGUUCAGCUCAUUGUUUCAACAAUCCUUAUCUGGUGGCUAAGUUAGUUGAAGUGCUCUUCAUGAUGAAUCCGUCAGUCCAGCCUCGUACGGAAACGUUACAUGAGCGAUUGCUGACUCAUAAAAUUUCACAAUCAGCGUUACCCCCUUCUCUGAUGAAGUUCUACGCAGAUGUUGAGUCCACCGGAGCAGCAUCAGAGUUUUAUGACAAGUUUACAAUCCGAUUUCACAUCAGCAUUAUACUCAAGAGUUUGUGGCAAAGUCCGAUCCACCGAGAAACUGUUAUACAGGAACUCAAAUCAGGCAAACAGUUUGUCAAAUUUAUCAAUAUGCUGAUGAACGACACCACUUUCCUUUUGGAUGAAAGCCUUGAGUCACUACGAAGGAUCCAUGAGGUCCAAGAAGCUAUGGAAAACCGAUCUACGUGGGAUCAGCAGCCUGAGGAGCAAAAAGAAACACGCCUCCGACAACUUUCCACGGAUGAGCGUAUGUGUAAAUCGUACUUGACGCUUGCCCGUGAGACGGUCGACAUGCUACACUAUUUGACACAACAUGUUCCCGAUCCUUUCCUGCGUCCUGAGCUGAUCGACCGUUUAGCGGCGAUGCUCAAUUUCAAUUUACAACAGCUCUGUGGGCCUAAGUGCAAACAUUUCAAAGUUAAAAACGCCGAUAAUUAUGGAUGGGAACCCCGACGUGUUUUGGACCAAUUGACCGAUAUCUAUCUUCAUUUGGAUUCUGAUGUGUUUGCUCAAGCACUAGCUGCCGAUGAGCGCUCUUUCCGUUUUGAACUUUUUGAAGAAGCGGCCGUGCGUUUAGAGCGAGCACUAAUCAAAGCUCCACUUCAAAUUGCGCAUUGGAGAGAGCUGUCUGCUAAAGCGCAACGAAUCGUACUUCAAAAUCAAAAACGUGAGCUAGACUUCAGCGACGCUCCGGAAGAAUUCCGUGAUCCUCUUAUGGAUACACUCAUGGACGACCCCGUCCUUCUACCUAGUGGAAAGGUUAUGGAUAGAGCCGUCAUCCUUCGUCACUUGCUCAAUUCGUCUACCGAUCCUUUUAAUCGUCAACCACUUACUGAAGACAUGCUGAUGCCUGUUGAAGAUUUGAAGCUCCGUAUCGUAGCUUGGAAACGGCAAAAAGAGUAAAGUCGAACAUUUUUUUGUCAGAGAAGAAUUUUUGAAUGUGUUUGGCCAAUAUUUAGUUUAAAGGGGUUUCCAGAUUGUUUUUCAAGUGUAAUACAUCUUGUUUAUUGUGGGCAAAUACAAACUUAGGUUGCUGCUCCGAUAA